AUGGCACUCAUAAAAUUUUUGAGCCAGUAUUUGAUGGAUUCCUUCAAGAGGCUACCAGGAGGAGAGUUUCUUUUCAUUGCUGGAGGAUCGAAAGAUGCCGAAUCAUGUUUUGAGCUACCAGUAUCGUUUACAAAUGUGCACCUAGUUAAAUAUGUGAACAAACUCAGUGGAAACGCUCAAAAUUCUAGUGAAGAAGAAAAUUUUCAUGAUACCAUGGAAAACAUAACCUGUAAAGAUUGCGUAAAAACUCAAGGAGAAAAUGUUGCUCUGAAGAAGGAAUCUGAAUACGUGAGUAAACUAAGUUACCAUUUGGAAAAGAGGACCCAAGAGCAAGAAGACCUCAUACUUUUAUUAAAACAACAACUGAAUACAAAAAUAAUAACUCCACAUGUUGUGACAUCUAUAAACGAAAACACCAACUCAAUAGGCGCAGUAAAAAGACAUGCAGAAACCUACAACGAAAACAAUGAAAUUGUUUUGCAGGAAUCGUACAGCUGCAAAGUUAAACAGCCUACAAAACCCGAACAAAAAACGUCCUCUGAUAACGGAGACGAAACAAAAACGAUGGCAGGCGCCAAGAGGAAUCCACCAUACAAAAAACCUGCAAAUAAAUACAAGGCAGUCAUCGGAAGCAAUGAGUCACCCAGUUUUUCCACACAACCUAGACAAGGCCAUCUACAUGUUUCUCGCAGUGGAGCCGAUAUGAAAAGAGAAGAUCUGCUGAAGGUGCUAAAAUCCACAGCACCAAAUAUUGCAUUUGAGUUGGCGAUUAGGUUAGACCCAGAUAAUGAGAUCUCGAUAACUGAACGGAAGAUAUUGGAACUCCAACAGGCCAUUAGGGGUUUUGAUCACUCAAACCGGGAUAACGAAUUUGCGCGCAUUUAUUCGCGGUUGCUACAUGUCUCCCUCCGUCUCCAACGGUUGAGGGGAGGCAACGGUGAUCAAGAGGGUUAUAGGAUCGAGCUCAUCCAGAGAUGUUCACAGAUGAUAGGAGACCUGAACUUAGCUUUCGAGGGGUUAUCAGUUAGCCAACGAACGGACGGGAGAGUUAGCUCAAAUGGUCAGGGAUCGCGGUCUAUACUGGACGAGGAUAACCCAGUGGAGCACACGGUCUCCCCUCUCGAGCCUUUUAUUUCGUACGAUCUCAUUGAUCUGACAGAUGGAGAAGGUGGCAUCGAGUCAGGGGAAGUGGUUGACAGAUUUCCAUCUAGAGGAGGAGGACCUUUGUUCACGUCUUCCUCGGGCCCUCGGACAGGCCCUCAUCUUUCUCCCCAGCAACAAGCUUCACGGGGAGCUGAUUCCCUCAAUCCUCCGGAUCCGUCUAGCCAGAGUCAGGCUCACCUUAGAGAAUCGGUACUGCCUGAGAGUCGGAACCCGAUGUUCGUUAGGUUUGCGGAGGAGGAGGACCAGUUUCCGGCCAACUCGACAUGGUCAACCCGGGGAGGCAACGGUGAUCAAGAGGGUUAUAGGAUCGAGCUCAUCCAGAGAUGUUCACAGAUGAUAGGAGACCUGAACUUAGCUUUUGAGGGGUUAUCAGUUAGCCAACGAACGGACGGGAGAGUUAGCUCGAAUGGUCAGGGAUCGCGGUCUAUACUGGACGAGGAUAACCGAGUGGAGCACACGGUCUCCCCUCUCGAGCCUUCCAUUUCGUACGAUCUCAUUGAUCUGACAGAUGGAGGAGGUGGCAUCAAGUCAGGGGAUGUGGUUGACAGAUUUCCAUCCAGAGGAGGAGGACCUUUGUUCACGUCUUCCUCAGGCCCUCGGACAGGCCCUUAUCCUUCUCCCCAGCAACAAGCUUCACGGGGAGCUGAUUCCCUCAAUCCUCCGGAUCCGUCUAGCCAGAGUCAGGCUCACCUUAGAGAAUCGGGUAUAAUUUUUCGUAUGUUCGAUCUCAUUGAUCCGACAGAUGGAGAAGGUGGCAUCAAGUCAGGAGAUGUGGUUGACAGAUUUCCAUCCAGAGGAGGAGGACCUUUGUUCACGUCUUCCUCAGGCCCUCGGACAGGCCCUCAUCCUUCUCCCCAGCAACAAGCUUCACGGGGAGCUGAUUCCCUCAAUCCUCCGGAUCCGUCUAGCCAGAGUCAGGCUCACCUUAGAGAAUCGGUACUGCCUGAGAGUCAGAACCCGAUGUUCGUUAGGUUUGCGGAGGAGGACCAGUUCCUGGCCAACUCGACAUGGUCAACCCGGUUUGCCACAAGAAACCAGUUAUCACAACUGGAUGACUUGACUGAUGAUUAUUCCCCAACACUGGCCGAUAAAUUUAAUAAUCUUCGAUUGCAGCCCCCCCAAGGCGGCAACAACGUACGGCAACUGGCGAUUAGGUUAGACCCAGAUAAUGAGAUCUCGAUAACUGAACGGAAGAUAUUGGAACUCCAACAGGCCAUUAGGGGUUUUGAUCACUCAAACCGGGAUAACGAAUUUGCGCGCAUUUAUUCGCGGUUGCUACAUGUCUUCCUCCGUCUCCAACGGUUGAGGGGAGGCAACAGUGAUCAAGAGGGUUAUAGGAUCGAGCUCAUCCAGAGAUGUUCACAGAUGAUAGGAGACCUGAACUUAGCUUUCGAGGGGUUAUCAGUUAGCCAACGAACGGACGGGAGAGUUAGCUCAAAUGGUCAGGGAUCGCGGUCUAUACUGGACGAGGAUAACCCAGUGGAGCACACGGUCUCCCCUCUCGAGCCUUUUAUUUCGUACGAUCUCAUUGAUCUGACAGAUGGAGAAGGUGGCAUCGAGUCAGGGGAUGUGGUUGACAGAUUUCCAUCCAGAGGAGGAGGACCUUUGUUCACGUCUACCUCGGGCCCUCGGACAGGCCCUCAUCUUUCUCCCCAGCAACAAGCUUCACGGGGAGCUGAUUCCCUCAAUCCUCCGGAUCCGUCUAGCCAGAGUCAGGCUCACCUUAGAGAAUCGGUACUGCCUGAGAGUCGGAACCCGAUGUUCGUUAGGUUUGCGGAGGAGGAGGACCAGUUUCCGGCCAACUCGACAUGGUCAACCCGGGGAGGCAACGGUGAUCAAGAGGGUUAUAGGAUCGAGCUCAUCCAGAGAUGUUCACAGAUGAUAGGAGACCUGAACUUAGCUUUUGAGGGGUUAUCAGUUAGCCAACGAACGAACGGGAGAGUUAGCUCGAAUGGUCAGGGAUCGCGGUCUAUACUGGACGAGGAUAACCCAGUGGAGCACACGGUCUUCCCUCUCGAGCCUUCCAUUUCGUACGAUCUCAUUGAUCUGACAGAUGGAGGAGGUGGCAUCAAGUCAGGGGAUGUGGUUGACAGAUUUCCAUCCAGAGGAGGAGGACCUUUGUUCACGUCUUCCUCAGGCCCUCGGACAGGCCCUUAUCCUUCUCCCCAGCAACAAGCUUCACGGGGAGCUGAUUCCCUCAAUCCUCCGGAUCCGUCUAGCCAGAGUCAGGCUCACCUUAGAGAAUCGGUACUGCCUGAGAGUCGGAACCCGAUGUUCGUUAGGUUUGCGGAGGAGGAGGACCAGUUUCUGGCCAACUCGACAUGGUCAACCCGGUUCGCCACAAGAAACCAGUCAUCACAACUGGAUGACUUGACUGAUGAUUAUUCCCCAACACUGGCCGAUAAAUUUUAUAAUCUUCGAUUGCAGCCCCCCCAAAGCGGCAACAACGGUAUAAUUUUUCGUAUGUUCGAUCUCAUUGAUCCGACAGAUGGAGAAGGUGGCAUCAAGUCAGGGGAUGUGGUUGACAGAUUUCCAUCCAGAGGAGGAGCACCUUUGUUCACGUCUUCCUCAGGCCCUCGGACAGGCCCUCAUCCUUCUCCCCAGCAACAAGCUUCACGGGGAGCUGAUUCCCUCAAUCCUCCGGAUCCGUCUAGCCAGAGUCAGGCUCACCUUAGAGAAUCGGUACUGCCUGAGAGUCAGAACCCGAUGUUCGUUAGGUUUGCGGAGGAGGACCAGUUCCUGGCCAACUCGACAUGGUCAACCCGGUUUGCCACAAGAAACCAGUUAUCACAACUCGAUGACUUGACUGAUGAUUAUUCCCCAACACUGGCCGAUAAAUUUUAUAAUCUUCGAUUGCAGCCCCCCCAAAGCGGCAACAACAUGGAGAAGGUGGCAUCAAGUCAGGGGAUGUGGUUGACAGAUUUCCAUCCAGAGGAGGAGCACCUUUGUUCACGUCUUCCUCAGGCCCUCGGACAGGCCCUCAUCCUUCUCCCCAGCAACAAGCUUCACGAAGAGCUGAUUCCCUCAAUCCUCCGGAUCCGUCUAGCCAGAGUCAGGCUCACCUUAGAGAAUCGGUACUGCCUGAGAGUCAGAACCCGAUGUUCGUUGGGUUUGCGGAGGAGGACCAGUUCCCGGCCAACUCGACAUGGUCAACCCGGUUUGCCACAAGAAACCAGUUAUCACAACUGGAUGACUUGA